CAGCCGGGCCGCGCUGGGCCUUGGCCUCCGCCCGCGGGUUUUCCGCGGUUGCGGGGGGCGGGGCAGGCGGGGUGGGGCAGAGUCUGCGACUAUUUCAGGCCUUGCGGAACUGGGGCCAGGACAGCGGCGGCCAGGCCAGGACACGGAGCCUGCAGGCCUGAGCCAGGGUGAUGCUGAAGAUGAUGACCUUCUUCCAAGGCCUCUCGGGCCAUCAGCCUGUGCGGGACACCCUCGACUUCCCCAGAAGCCCCCAAAAGUUGCCGUCCACAUCAGAGGCAGAGUCGGAGGCCUCCAUGUCAGUGGCCUCCUCUGAGGACCUGGCGCCACCCCUGGAGGCUGGGACAGCCCUAUAUAGGGAGGAGGAAAAGACGGCGAAGAAGAAGAAGGAGAAGAAGAAGAAGUCCAAAGGCCUGGCCAAUGUGUUCUGCGUCUUCACCAAAGGGAAGAAGAAGAAGGGUCAGCUCAGCUCAGCGGAGCCCGAGGGCGCAGCCAGGUCCAGGCAGGGGCUGGAUGGCCCGCCCCCAACAGUGGAGGAGCUGAAGGCGGCGCUGGAGCGCGGGCAGCUGGAGGCGGCUCCGCCGCUGCUGGCGCUGGAGCGGGAGCUGGCGGCGGCGGCGGCGGCGGGCGGUGCGAGUGAGGAGGAGCUGGUGCGGCGCCAGAGCAAGGUGGAGGCGCUGUACGAUCUGCUGCGCGACCAGGUGCUAGGCGUGCUGCGGCGGCCGCUGGAGGUGGCUCCAGAGCGGCUGCGCCAGGCGCUGGCCGUGGUGUCGGAGCAGGAGAGCGAGGACCGCCAGGCGGCGGCGGCGGCGGCGGCGGCAGAGCCGGGGACCUCGGGACUGGCGGUCACGCGCCCGCGGCGCUGGCUGCAGCUGUGGCGUCGCGGUGUGGCAGAGGCGGCCGAGGAGCGCAUGGGCCAGCGGCCGGCCGCGGGCCCCGAGGUCCCCGAGAGCGUCUUUUUGCACUUGGGCCGCACCAUGAAAGAGGACCUGGAGGCCGUGGUGGAGCGACUGAAGCCGCUGUUCCCCGCCGAGUUCGGCGUCGUGGCGGCCUACGCCGAGAGCUACCACCAGCACUUCGCGGCCCACCUGGCCGCCAUGGCGCAGUUCGAGCUGUGCGAGCGCGACACCUACAUGUUGCUGGUCUGGGUGCAGAACCUCUACCCCAAUGACAUCAUCAAUAGCCCCAAGCUGGCGGGUGAGCUGCAGGGUGUGGGGCUCGGGAGCCUCCUGCCCCCCAGACAGAUCCGGCUGCUGGAGGCCACAUUCCUGUCCAACGAGGCGGCCAAUGUGAGGGAGCUGAUGGACCGAGCUCUGGAGCUAGAGGCACAGCACUGGGCUGAGGAUGUGCCUCCCCAGAGGCUGGACGGCCACUGCCACAGUGAGCUGGCCAUCGACAUCAUCCAGAUCAUCUCCCAGGCCCAGGCCAAGGCUGAGAGCAUCACGCUGGACUUGGGCUCACAGAUAAAGCAGGUGCUGCUGGCGGAGCUGCCUGCAUUCCUGAGGAGCUACCAGCGCGCCUUUAAUGAAUUUCUGGAGAGAGGCAAGCAGUUGAGGAAUUACAAGGCCAAUGUCAUUGCCAAUAUCAACAACUGCCUGUCCUUCCGGAUGUCCAUGGAGCAGAAGUGGCAGGUACCCCAAGACACCCUGAGCCUCCUGCUGGGCCCCCUGGGUGAGCUCAAGAGCCACGGCUUUGACACCCUGCUCCAGAACCUGCGUGAGGACCUGAAGCCGCUAUUCAAGAGGUUCACGCACACCCGCUGGGCGGCCCCCAUGGAGACCGUGGAAAAAAUUAUCACCACUGUGGACAUGAGGCUGCCUGAGUUCUCAGAACUGCAGGACUGUUUCCGGGAGGAGCUCAUGGAGGCUGUGCACCUGCACCUGGUGAAGGAGUACAUCAUCCAGCUCAGCAAGCGGCGCCUGGUCCUCAAGACGGCUGAGCAGCAGCAGCAGCUAGCUGGGCACAUCCUGGCCAGUGCUGACACCAUCCAGCACUUCUGCACCAAGCACGGCUCCCCGGCGACCUGGCUGCAGCCUGCUCUCCCCACGCUGGCAGAGAUCAUUCGCCUGCAGGACCCCAGUGCCAUCAAGAUUGAGGUGGCCACUUAUGCCACCUGCUACCCUGACUUCAGCAAAGGCCACCUGAGCGCCAUCCUGGCCAUCAAGGGAAACCUAUCCAACAGUGAGGUCAAGAGCAUCCGGAGCAUCUUGGAUGUCAGCACCGGGGCGCAGGAGCCCUCCAGGUCCCUAUUUUCCCUUAUAAAGGUUGGUUAGCUUUUUCUGUGGCCUGACCUGCUUGUGAGUGCCCAGCACACCCCGCCGGGAGCUGUUAAGAGCGGCACUGGCUCUCGGCUCCUCCCGGGUCUCCUGUGCUCUGAUGCUGCUUCUGCCUAGCCGUGGUGGAGGUGCAGACCUUAUCAGCUGGAACUGGACAGACCUUGGUUUGUUUACAUGUCCGAUGGGGGCAGGAGCUCCCAUUACGGGCAGCCAACCAGGUAACACCAAGGACUCUUUGUAAACAAUAGCUGAUCGUGUACACGCAAGGAAAGAACCAGGAGGGAGAGUGUGGCCAGGCUCAGGGAUCCCCGGCCACCUCUGUCCAGGGCCCCUCCACCAUCAGCCUCAUGACUGUCCUCCUGGUGGGUGGGGACGAGGGCCCUCUCCGGCUCCCUGGAGACAGGGGCCGAGCCUCACCCGUCUGCCCUCUGCAGCCCAGGGCCGCCGUGAGCUGGGUUCAGCAAGGCUGGAAUGGAAGACAGAACUGGAAGAGAAAGAAGGAAAAGAUGAACUCUUAUCUGGCAGGGGCUUGUGGGGUCCUGUGUUGUGGCCACUGCCAGCAUUAGACGUCAUGUCCAGAUGGCCCCACGGCCCCUACUGGCUGGCCCUGCAGUGGGGCCCUGAGCCCUCCCUCUUCAUCCCCCAAGGCCUCAACCAGAGGGUGGUCCCCCAAGACCUUGGUGUCCACUACAGAAGGACCCAGGACCUCCUGGGUCAUCUCAGGCUCCCGCUUCCCAGAGGCACGGACAGGCCCUGGGGGUGUCUCUGUGGGCUCUGCUACCCAGAAGUCUAGCUGAGGUCUGGGCAGGGGCAGGGCAAGCUUGACCUCUCACCUGUGACCCUUUGGCCUCUGUAUUUAUUUCCUAUUGCCGUGACAGGUUUCCACAAACUUUGUGGAUCCAAACUUGGUCCUCCAGUUCUGCGGGUCAGAAGGCUGACCCGGGUCUGGAGUCUGGACGGCGGCAGGCCUGCGCUCCUGGAGGUCUAGGGGAGAACUGAUUUCUGGCCUUUUCAUUUUUCGAGGCUAUCCAUGCUUCUUGACUUCAGGCCCCUUCAUCUUCAGAGCCAGCUGUGGGUAGUUGAAUCUUUUUCCCAUCACCUCAUUGAGGCCUCCCCUCUCCUGCCUCCCUCUACCACUUUUUUUUUUUUUUUUUUGAGACAGGGUCUUGCUGUGUUGCCCAGGCUGGAGUGCAGUGGCCUGGUCAUGGCAUCAAGGCUCACUGCAGCCUGGACCUCUGGGUUCAAGUGAUCCUCUUGUCUCAAUCCCCUGAGACAAUGCCCCACGCCCAGCUACAUACUUUUUGUGGAUACGGGAUCUUAUUCUGUUGCCUAGGAUUGUCUGGAACUCCUGGGCUCAAGCGAUCCUGUAGCCUUAGCCUCCUAAAGUGCUGGGACCAUAGGCAUGAGCCACUGCGCCCGGCCUGCUCUGCCGCUUUUAAGGACGCUUGUGAUCGCAUUGCGCCUACCCAGAGAACCCAGGUCAUCUUUCUAUUUUAAGGUUAGCUGAUUAGCCACCGUAGUUCCAUCUGCAACUUUAAUUCCCACUGGCUGUGUAACCUAACAUGGUCACGGGCUCCGGGGACUGUCACAUGGACAUCUUUGGGAGGCCGUUCCUCUGCCCACCGCAGCCUCCGUUCAUUCCCUGCCCUGCAGAGCACCUCGCUGUACCCCAGGAAAAUGUGAGCUCGUUUUCCUGCUCGGCCUGUGCUACCCACCCGUAAGGCCCUGCUCCUCCCUGGGCCUGAAAGUUCCUUCUCAGCCCGACAGGGGGCCCUUCAGACUCAGGCAUGACUCAGCCCUGCUGAUGCCUCUGCAGGGCUGAGUCUGGGUUUCCGGCUGGCUCUCUUGGGUCCGUCCCCUUUCCCCAGGUACUGGCUUACAAAGCUGUGGCCAGAAACUGGCCCGUAUAGAUGAUGCCCAAGGUCUUUGUACAUUUGUAGGAGUUAGUGUGUUUGAUAUUGUUAAUAUAAUAAUUAUUUUUUAUAGUACUGCUUUUGUAUGUAUGUUAAACAGGGUCCAGGUUUUUAUAGCUUGAUAUAAAACAGAAUUCAAAAG